AUGCCUCGAUACGACCAUGACGACGGCAGCGCCGAGCGCGAGCCUUUGGACCAUUCUUAUCGCUCGUAUACGCCCAACCCUCCUGAACAUUACCAGGACCAUCAGUACCACAACGGCGCGCCUCAGGCCUACAACCCCCAGCAGUAUCCCGAUGCCCACACCGACCCGAAUUUUACUCGCAUGAGAGAAGAGCGGAGGAACGAUCGGCAGGGCCCACCACCAGCUGCUGUGGGAGCUGUCGGCGGUCCUGCUGCUGCUGCUGCUGCUGCUGGCUACAGCGCUCACCGGGCCGCCUCGCCCGUCGAUUCCACCCCGCAAGUCCCCCCUCAUCGUGAAUGGGCCCCCGAACGCUACGCACCUCCGCAGCAGAGCAACCUCAACCCCAACAUCACCCCUGGCGCAGAUAACUUCAGUAACACUGCAUCCGGUGGCAUGGCCGGAAUCGCUUACACGGUCGCCGAGCGCAACGCGAGGGAAAGCGGCGUCGAUGCCAUGAGAAACGUUGGCCAGGGGCCGCCGCCUCAUGAACGAGGACAGUUUCAGCAGCCCAACGUCCCACCACAAACGUACAGCCAGCCGCGGGGGGACGCCUACGAGAUGACCACCGCUCCGCGCUCAUACCAAGGCAGCCUCCCGGAUCGCAACUCUCACUCGAGCUUGACCGCUCUGGGAGGCGCGGCUGCGUCCCCGGCGAGGCUGUCGCCGGCCUCGAGCCCGUACGGUUUCAAUGACUACUACAGUGACAAUACUUACUACCAGAGGCACCCCGACCAUCUCGGUGUCGUAGACCCUAAUUCGAUCGCGGACGACGGCGACGACGGCUUGGAAUAUGGUAGAAGCAGGAGCGGGAGAAACUCGAUGCUCAGCCUGUCCAACAGCGACCGCACAGGUAGAAGCAAGGCCGGCCUAGGGGGCGCGGCGGCAGGAGGUGCUGCUGGCGGCCUGAUGGCCAAUCGAAACGCCAGUGGAUACUACGACCCGAAAGACUCGUCCUCGGGCUACCAGAAUGGCGACGCAGUUGAUGCCGCAGGCCAAGAAAAGUACCAAUGGGUAAGGAGCGAGAACAAGGGGCGGAGGAAGUGGAAAAUUUGCAUAAUUAUCGGCGUCAUCCUCAUCAUUGCUGCCGCUAUUAUUGGCGGUACGGUGGGCGGUUUGGUAUCGAGGAACAGCCGUGACGGUGGACCAAGUCGACAAGGCCAGUCGGCGGACGACGACAAGAACUCCAACGGCGACCUGGACAUCAACAGCGCCGAGAUCAAGAAGCUCAUGAACAACAAGGACCUGCACAAGGUGUUUCCCGGAAUGGACUAUACGCCCAUCAACACUCAGUAUCCCGACUGCGUCCACGACCCGCCAUCGCAAAACAACGUCACGCGUGAUCUCGCUGUGCUCAGCCAGCUCACCAACACGAUCCGCCUAUACGGUACCGACUGCAACCAGACUCAGAUGCUCAUCCACUCGAUUCAGAAACUCGAGAUGGAGGACACGAUCAAGAUCUGGAUGGGGGUUUGGCAGGACGGCAACACGACGACAAACGCACGACAGCUCCAGCAGAUGUGGGACAUUCUUGAUGUGUACGGUGAUAAGUACUUUGAGGGCAUCAUCGUCGCCAACGAGAUCCUUUUCCGAAAGGAGAUGACCGAGGCCGCACUGGGAGACCUCCUGGCCGAGGUGCGCACGAACCUGACGAGCAAGGGACUGAGCUUGCCGGUUGCCACAUCUGAUCUCGGCGACGACUGGACAGCUUCGCUGGCAGCGAAAAGCGACUACAUCAUGGCCAACAUACACCCCUUCUUCUCUGGCACCAACGCCAAAGACGCAGCCUGGUGGACGACUGACUUCUGGGAGGGGAAAGCCGGCAGUUUCUUCAAGACGGACAAGAAGAAGAAUAUUAUUGCCGAGAUUGGCUGGCCUACCAAGGGCGGCACGAAUUGUGGCGGCGACGGCACGGUCACAGACUGCCCCAAUGCGUCGGUUGCUGGUAUUAGCGAGCUGAACACGCUCCUUGAAGACUGGGUGUGCCCUGCCCUGACCAACGGCACGAAUUACUUUUGGUUCUCGGCCUUUGAUGAGCCGUGGAAGAUCAAGUUCAACGAGAAGGGCAAGGAAUGGGAGGACCAGUGGGGCCUGAUGACGGUAAACCGAGACGUCAAGUCGGGCGUCACGAUCCCAGACUGCGGCGGCAAGACAGUGUAA